GACAUUUUUAAGCGUUACUGACGUUACGUUUGUUUGUGUUUUGAAACUGAUUUUCAUUACAUUUUUGACCCAAAUUUAAAUUUAAUGUGAAUUUAGUUGACAUUCACUGCCAUUAAGUCUCCGAUAGAUUUGUUGCGCUUUUUAUUCAAUAUUAAUAUAAAUCUAAUUUAACGUUAUCGUAAGCUAACCCCCGAUGGCGCGGACCAAACAGAGGCAAACCGCUCGUAAGAGCACAGGAGGCUCUGCCUCAUGGACUCAGGGAAGCAAAUAUACGACUCUUAUGAAGAAGUUGGAGACGAAGACCGGAAAGGGCUCCGGAAAGGGACGGAAGAGUACGGGAGGGAAGAGUCAGUUUGUCAAGAAGAAGACAUUCCGAUACAGACCCGGAACCAUAGCUCUCCGUGAAAUCCGUCGAUACCAACGGACGACCGAAAUGUUGAUUCCGCGGCUUCCGUUUCAACGAUUGGUUCGUGAGAUCGCGUCUGACUUUCGGGACGCACUUCUCUUCCAAUCGGCGGCUUUGGGAGCCCUCCAGGAGGCGUCCGAAGCCUAUCUCGUCGGGCUCUUUGAGGACACGAAUCUGUGCGCCAUUCACGCCAAGAGAGUGACAAUUAUGCCCAGAGAUGUGCAAUUGGCCCGAAGAAUCAGAGGAAUCGGUUCUAAACGAAAAGCAUUGGAAAUGAUUACUAAUAUAUUUUGUAAAAAGUCGAAAGAAUGUGAGAAUACGAGUACAAAAAGUGAUGUAAUUGUCACCAAUUGUGACCACUUGUGCUCUAAUCGAAGUCUAUGUCAGCCAUCAUUGGGAGGGGAAUCGGACAACAAUAAGAUGCAAUCGAUUGAUAAUCUCCCAAAUUCUCCCAUUUCUCCCAGAGUUAAGAAUAUUCACUCAGAUAUGGAGGCAUUGAUGCUCUCUCGACACGACAACCCAUAUAUUAUGCAUCAAUUGGAGAGACUGUCGACCAAAGAUGCGGCCGAACUGUACGCAGAAAUGAGUGUCUCUGGCUAUCCAUCGCCCGCCCGAUCCUUACAUAAGAACUCAUUCACUAAUCUAGAGGUGAACACAACGGCCGACACCAACUCCAUCAUGGAUUCCGAUGUUAGCGAUUCUUUUGUGGACAAUCUUCACGACAAACUCAUUCGUUCGCCUCCUCCGCAGUUCCCCAAGAAUUUGUCACUUUUUGUAUUUCCGGGCAGUUCUGCAGCAAGUGUUCAAAGUUAUAGGACUGUAGAUAAUAGUGAUUACUCGCCCUCACGGCUCCAUUUGAGUCCCAAUUCCAAUGCAUGCCAUCAACUUAGAGACACUACUUCUGACCCCCGAAGCAAAUCGUCGAAUACAUCUCACGAUAAUAUAUCAACGAUUCUUAAGUCUUAUUCGAAAGACAAUCAGUUCUUAGAACCAAAUCCUAACCACUAUAUCAAGUAUGAGAGGCGCGGAUCCGACAGCUCUAUUAUGUCCAACAACUGGAAGACAUCUUUCUAUAACCAAUCGAUGGCCGCAUCGAGUUCUUCACUCCUCACAUUUGCCCCGCGAUGUCCUCCACUUGAUUCCAAUGAUUCCAAUAUGAGUUACACUGAAUGUCAAACCGACCACAAGUCCGAUAUGGGAAUCGAUUCGAUGGAUAUCUGUCCCAAUAUGGAGGACAAUAGCACUGAUGGCUGGAAUGUGAUGAUCAGUGCCAGCAAUAGUCGCGAGGCUUUACUCAAAGACAUAUCUCAACUCAACUGAUCUAACUUUUAAACAUCAAUUUUAUCCAUUAAAUUAUUCAGUAUUAAUGUUUUCGCUUUUAUCUUAUUAUGAAUUAAUUAAUGAAAAUGUUAUAAUUGACUAAUAUAUUAAUUCUGUAAUAAUAAAGAC